GGUAGAUGAACAGAAGGGGAGCAAAGCGGUAGACAAUGGAGGACAUGAGCAGAUCGGUGGUGCCUCAUCUAGCACGCUUUUUUCAGCACCAGCACAAGAGCAACGUGAGCAGCAACAUCGUAUCUGGGAUGUUUUUUUCGAUGUUGUGAAGCCGAGCCCGAGCCCCCCAGCUGCUACUUUUGCUUCGUCUUCUACGCCAAGAACAUUGGAUGAGUUUGUUGUCCCUGCUGGACGAAGCAGCACUCAGCACCCGUUGCAGAGACUGUUGCUCGAUCUGUGCUCAAGUUUACAGGUGGAGCAAUUUCCUCAGAGUGAGGAUGAACUCGCCAAGGAAUUACUUAAGGCUAGUUGUAGUAUUUUAUCUUCCUUUAAGGACUUCAUGAUUAUCGAUGUGUAUCAGGUGGACGUGGAGUAAGUUACUUUUACAGAAUGUGGCUAUCUUCGAUGUGGUAAUCCCAUGUUGAUCGGUGUGGAGUACCUACGGUUGUAAAUAUGCUGAGUGGAGGACAAUGUCCUCCACUGAGCAUCACAUCUCACUCAACCACAUCAGGUACUUCUAGCGCUAAACUACAGGACUUUGAGACGGAGAAAUUGGACAGCUAUCUUUUAUUAAGGGUCUCCGCAUUGCAUCCUUCACUAGUACCAUCCUCAGCUCCUUUUCAAGGGGAAUCAAGUAGGGCAAGGAUGUUCUGAAGAAUGCAACUCGGCAACCUUUAACUUUAGGAGCCGCGACAAGCUUCCUGCAGACGGUGGUGGAGCUGUUUGGUACGAGUCACCUGAAAUCGUUUCCAGGUGGGUUUUGCGUCGGAGGUGUAGGAGGGGUAGUAGUGCCAGGAUCAGAGUGCAAGGAUCAGAGUCGCUGUAGUUUCGCCAUCACACGCAGAAGCUAUGCUACGGCAGAAAACUUUGCCUUUCGAAUUCAACAAAAAGAUUUUUCUGCAGGUGCGGAGCAACAGACGGAUAAUUAAGGUCUUCAACAUUUAGUCGUGCUGUUCAUCUUUCUCAGCCUGUUCUCUCGCUACCCUUUUUGUUCCUUCUUCUAUGUCAAGAACAUGGGAAACUAAGGGGUCGAGAUGAAGGGACACCCGAGGAGAUGAUGAUGCUCAAAAAUCGCCUGUCUCUAAAAAAAUAGCCUCAUGAAGACUUGUUGGUCAUCUUUUCCUUUGAUAUGGGUUGAGGAAUCUUUAGGAGGAGGUGGCGGUGGAGGCGCAGGCUCGACUAAUCCUAUGUUUGCGCCCACAAUUUUUGGAAAUGACACGCCAUCUUCUUCAUUCUCCUCUUCAAGCACGGCGCAGACGGUUCUGCAGGCGUUGAUGGAAGAGGUCAUCGGGAAGAUUGAACAUCCUAUAGUCCAAGCUCUGGUGCUCUCGCGGGUCGUCUCCUCUGGGUGUCUUCGCUCUUUGCUAUCGUCGUCAUCGGGUUCGUCUCCGCUGCUGCGAUAUUCCCCUGCACCACAGACCUUUACGUACUUGCUAUAACCUUCACCCAUCUUCUAGUAUACUGAAAAUAACCGAGUUACUGACUGAAAUAAGAGGGAGGUAGCUUUGACAGGGCUACUCUUCCUUGUUCAGUAUCUCGAUUAUUUUCAGUAGUUACUCGCUUAUUUCAGUUUAUAAUUUUCGAAUAACUACUUCUCGAAGAUGAACAUCUUCUAGUGUAGUGCUAAGUACAGCUCUAGUACUAACAUAGCAGAGUAAGAGUCGAUGAUCUAUUAAGCAUAAGGACAUCAUUAAACUAGUAUUACGUAUGGCGACAGUAAUCUAAGUACAACUACUCUAACAUAGCCUUAACAUCUUCGUUGAGGAACAGCUGCUUUCAAUACCAUGAUUUGACAGGAUGGGCCAUGAGGUAACAUGACAGUACCUCGUUCAGGAGGCAAAUAGGUAAACUUGAAAUGUAGAUAGUUAGUGCAACAUCAAUCUGGGACAACUAGGACAUCUAACCUCUAACCUAUAGCUGGUAGAGUAGUCUGAUGAAAAUUGAAGGAUUACAACAUUAAAAAGAAGAAAGAAGUUAGUAGAAAAGAUCAUGUGCCACAACUACAACUACAAGACCAUGUGCUACUAAAGUUAGUGUGCUACUAAAGUUAGUAGAUGAAAAGAUGUGCUACCACGAGAUGAUGGGUAGUUCUCUAAAUUGACAGGGAUGGCAAGUGAUGCUCAACCUCAGCGACCUGAGCAGCAAACUCGGCCUGAGCAGCAUAUUUAUCGCCCUGCAGGGGCGGGCAAAACUCUUGGCUUAUUCCUACAAGCUUGGGCUGGAUCUGAUGGAACUACAAAAGAUAGUAGUGGACUCUUUACCGGAACAAGUGGUGGAGGAUCAACUUGUAGUGGAGGGACAACUGUAGGCCCAGCAAGGAGUGGCACUUCCUUGUUGGCAAAAGUACAAAGGAUGACUUCAUCAGUACUGGCAAAUGGAGGCGGCGGCUCAAAGUGUCUAGCGCCGAUACUCGACGUUUUGAAUGCGUUUCUCUGUUGUCAUAAAACUACUUCUGCGCACGCCGGGUUUGGCACGUCGACUCCUUCUACAAUAGCCCCCGAGCAACAUGUUGGGCUUAAUCCUCAUCAAGAAGAGCAUCUUAUUUUAAGGGUUCCAUCCACAUUGGCAAUGAUGUCCCGCAUUAUUGUGAUUUUCCCAAUGAUUAUCAUUCUUGACUUCUUAUUGUUCCCAAACAAUUUCUUGGGAACAAAUAAGAAGUCAAGGAUGCACUGUGGAAAGAAUGCAAUAGCCGCGUUACUUCUAACUAUUAACGGAGCCAUCAAGCAGUGGCUGGAAGUGGCGUGCCAGGUUAUUCUGUCGUUUCUAGAGACUGAAGCGACUGCCGAUCCCUUUGCUUCAACAGCAUCGAACGAUCAUAGUAGUGCUAUUAAGGCUACAAGAAAAUAGAGUGUAUCACUUUCAAUAUCGACGUCCCACGCAGGUAAUAUAACUGCAAGUCCACCGAAGUACGUGGUGCUGGUCAUUACAAAAUUUACUGGGAGAACUAGUACGGUGGGAUCUCAGCACUCGUCUCAUUUAUAAAUAUUGUUCUGGUCAGGGGUAAAAACCUGAUUUCGAUCACGGGUGGGGUGCUCUUCUUGGUUCCACUCCUUAUGGUCAAAAUCAGGCUACAAAAUUAUGUCAAUGCCAUAUUACAUCUUAGUACUCAACCGAGGUGGAGGACGAUAGCGAUUCCCGAUCUCUCUCUCUCUAAUAGAAGCAGUGGUGAUAAAGUCCAGGCUUAUCGCUGCUUCUUAUCACUUUUAGAGCGGAUUUUAGUUCAGUAUCAGCGACAAAUGAUGGAGCAGUUAGUAGAAAGGGCAAUGCUAGCAGUCUUGUCGAGUUUUCACCUCUGGCCUUCCGUUUGUAGUGGGAAGCGGAACGCGCUCUUCGAACUUUUUCGCUCCGCCAGACCUCUGUUCGAACGAUGCUUAGCCUCGGUUUUCGUGCUGCCGGCGCCAUAUUUAAGGGUUGUAGGUUCGUUUUUGGCGCUGCGUCUUUUGCCGUUUGUUUUGCCCUUCAUAUAAUUCAUAAGGAGGAAAGGCAUAACGAACGGGAGGUGACAUAUAUUUAAACACCCAAAGAACCCUAGUACCUCUACUUCUAAGAUACAAUACAGGCGUGGCAUCACCAGCACAAAUGCCGCCUUCGGGUUCGGUGGAUAUACGACAAAAGCUGAUUCAAAGUUGCACACGACCUGCGUCAACUACAUUUGAGCAAGAUGAGUAUCAUCGUCGUAAGGACAUCUUUCUUCGCUGCUUCCUUCAUUAAGCAGGUCAGCUUUUUUUCAUCUAUCUCAGCAUCUUCUUGAUGCGACGACCCUGCUUGUCCCUUUCUAUUUUUUCAUGGGCAAAAAGGUGGGCGAGUCCUCGAGAUGAGGGCGGGACCGAGAUGAUGAAUAAGAGCCGACGCUAACUUCAAUUGCGGGGACCGAAAUUCCAGAUGUUUUUACAACAAAUAUCCUCGUCGCCAAAUUCCUCGUCCUUAGAUUUAUGACCGCAUUGUUCGCGACAAAUCCAUCUUCUUGCUCCGGAGCAUCUUUUUUUUUUUUUAGGAAUAUCGAACGAUCUACUAAUUGACCCCUACGCUGCAUUACGGGAACUAGUAGUAAUGUAGUAGUCUGGCAUGAUACCCCUGCAGUGGGUACAUUUAUUCACUCAGUCACUCACUCACUCACUCACUCACUCAACUGCAGUUAUUUAAUAUGUCUAAAUGAAAACGGCAAGGGGAACCAAGAACUAGUACUAGAACCACUAAUCGUAACUACGAGGAAUGGGAAUUAUAGAUGUAAAGCAACUUUUGUUCAUCUAGUAGAACUACUAAAAAUCGUAUCCUUAUUUUUAACCUUAUCAAAUUAACGAUGCUCGUGGUGCUGGAGAUGGAUUUUUGUUGGGCUAAUGGAUGGAGACUCUUUUGUAGCCUUUGAGGAAGCGCUGUCAAGUUCCAGUCCAUCGAAAAGAAAGUCGGUGGGGGUGAGACAGCACUAGUGGACGAAAAGGACGAUGCCCAACAAUCGCUUCCGCGACGUGUUAGACAAGAAGGUUGAAAGGCAUUGCCCCUGACAAGAAGUUCAAGACUAAUAAAGGCGACAUGACAUGACUAGCUAUUUGUGGACAAGAAGAAGAAGGACUAACUAGCUGUUUUCAGACAAGAAGAGGAGGUAACUAGCUGUUUUCAGACAAGAAGAGGAGGUAACUAGCUGUUUUCAGACAAGAAGAGGAGCUAAAUAGCUGUUUUCGGACAAGAAGAAGAAGAACUAAAUAGCUGUUUUCGGACAAGAAGAGGAGCUAACUCGCUGUAGAUAUGUCUUCACACGUUGUACGAGUAUGACCACAAUGACAACAACAUCAACAUGAGUAAGUACUUCAUCUUACUUAGAAAACACUGUAUGUUCAUGACUUGUGACUUCAUAAUCUUCUGCGCCUCCGCUUGACAUUGAUGACACAAGAAGACCAACUCCUAUACAUAGGUUAUCUACUACUCGAUGUCCAAAAACGAAGAAUACAUCUCCGCUGGGGAUCAUGACAAUUUAGCUUAUUCCACAAGCACGAUGUAAUCUAUGUUUUGCAGCUUACUUAUUUAUUAAAGCACUCUGCGGGCUCGGUGGAGUGACUCCCGUGCCUACUGACCAAGAUUCUGAGACCGAGGACGAGGAGGAGAGUACUUGUCGAAUGGAGAACCGAACUGGACGAUCG